AAGCAGGAAGAGAAGAGUUAGAGGAGAGAGAGAGAGAGAGACGGAGGAGGAGAGGAGCAGGAAGAGAAGAGUUAGAGGAGAGUGAGACAGAGCCGGAGGAGGAGAGAAGCAGGAAGAGGGGAGUGAGAGAGAGAGAGAGAGAGAGAGAGAGAGAGAGAGAGAGAGAGGGGGGGAGAAAGCCAGAGGAGGAGAGAAACAAGAAGAGAAGAGCAGAGAGAGAGAGAGCCAUGAUAGGCACACCUCUGCAGAGGAAAGCCCCAGCAUCAUCAGAGAUGGCUGAGGCUGAACUUCACAAGGAGAGGCUCCAAGCCCUCGCGGAGAAAAGGAAAAGACAGUCAGAGAUCGAAGACAAGAGGAGACAGCUGGACGAUCUGGUGCUGCAGCUACAACAUCUCAAGUCUAAAGCCAUGAGAGAGCGUUGGCUCCUACAAGGCACGUCCCCUGGAACUAACGACGAAGACGAUGGCCGAAGAAGACAGCUGGAGAAGGACGAAGAGCAGGGGAAGAGACUGGAGGACACUAUUCACAGGUUGGAGUCAGAGAUUGGUCUGUUGGAGAGCGAGGAGUGUCAGAUCUCAGCUAAAGAACAGAUGCUCAGAGAGAGACUGAAGAAGACUGAGCGGUCCAUAGAAGACCUACAGAAAAGUCUUCAGAAUGAACAUGAUGCUGUGAGUAACGCCUGUCCCCAGCUCCGCAACCAGCUCCCCGACCAGCUCCCCAACAAGCCGGACAUCAGAGACUCCUCCACCACCUCUCCUCACCAGGCCCCAGCCUCAGCAGCACCUGCCUCUGGUGAGCACCCGAGGAAACCUGCGAUGUACGCCAUGGAGAUCAACGUGGAGAAGGACAGGAAGACAGGCGACACCAGGAUCCUCUCAGCAUCUUCCGUCAGCCCUGACGAGGUGCCCCAGCGUGGGGUCAAGGUCUUCGACGACGGCCGGAAGGUUGUCUAUGAGGUCCGUUCGGGCGGGUCCACCACCCUGGAGAAUGGGGUUCACCCCUGGAGCUCCCAACAGGUGGACGAGCUGAUGCAACGUGUCGGGGUACCCGCCGGUCAGGCCGACGGGGGUAAGGCUAAGGUUACUAUCACCCCUGUUGGUACUGGUGACACCAAAACCUCCCCCAGCUCCACUGACCGCACAGAUGAGCUCCCUACCACCUACAUCACCCCCCCAGCCAUCCGUAGCCCUACCACCAUGGCCCACAAGGUUCCCCAAGCUCCAGGCGCCCCUAUCACAACCCAGCCUCCACCCCGUCGGGAGGUAACCUACGAGGGAGAGGUGCUGGAGGCUCCCCAGGCAACGGUGGAGAAGCCAGUCACUAUGAUCUUCAUGGGCUACCAUAACGUAGACAACCAAGAUGAAACCAAGAGGCUGCUGGGAUUCGACGGCACCAUCAAGGCUGAGAUCGUCCUGAUCGAUGACGACGAUGAGAAGUCGUUACGGGAGAAAACAGUCACCGACGGCUACUCCGUAAUCGACGGCAACGCCGCUGACCUGGUGUCCGGCGCCCGGCCGCUCAGCGACACCACCGAACUGUCGUCGGAGGGGAAGGACGAGAGCUCUGCCACGGCCACCAAGGAACUCCCCUCCCCAGCAGGUAUAGAGAAGAAAAAGCGCUGCCAUUGCUGUACUAUCAUGUGA